AUGACUCAAUCUGUUCAUCAAGUCGCCCAUGAAGCAAACGACGUCAAACCACGUCCAACUCCAGCUGAAUUCUUCGAAAGACAACCAAAUAAGGGGUUUCUCAACUCAAUUGACCAUUACCAUGAAUUGUACAACAAAUCUAUUCAAGAUCCAGAGGGUUUCUUUGGUCCUUUAGCUAAGGAAUUGUUACACUGGGAUAAGGACUUCACCAAGGUUAAAAACGGUUCAUUGACCGAUGGUGACGUUUCUUGGUUCCUCGGCGGGGAAUUGAAUGCCUCUUUCAACUGUAUCGAUAGACAUGCCUUCGUUAACCCAACCAAACCUGCAAUCAUCUACGAAGCUGAUGAUGAAAAGGACUCUUCUAUCUUGACCUUUGGCCAAUUAUUACAACAAGUUUGUAAAGUUGCCGGUGUUUUGAAAAGUUGGGGUGUGAAAAAGGGUGAUACUGUUGCCAUUUACUUGCCAAUGACCUCUCAGGCCAUUAUUGCCAUGCUUGCAGUUGCCAGAUUGGGUGCUAUUCACUCAGUUAUCUUUGCUGGGUUCUCAUCUGGUUCCAUUAAGGACAGAGUAAAUGAUGCCUCCUGUAAGGCAUUGAUCACCUGUGACGAAGGUCGUCGUGGUGGUAGAACUGUAAAUAUUAAGAAACUCUGUGAUGAUGCUUUAACUCAAUGUCCAUCCGUCGAAAAGGUUCUUGUUUUCAAGAGAACUGGUUCUGAAGGUAUUUACAUGAAGGAAGGUAGAGAUUUCUGGUGGGAUGAAGAAUCCGCCAAAUUUCCAGGUUACUUAGCACCUGUUCCUGUCAAUUCUGAGGACCCAUUAUUCUUAUUAUAUACCUCAGGUUCCACUGGUACUCCAAAGGGUGUAGUCCACCUGACUGGUGGUUACUUGUUGGGUGCAGCAUUGACAACGAAAUACAUUUUCGAUGUUCAACCUGAAGAUGUUUUCUUCACAGCAGGUGAUGUUGGUUGGAUCACCGGUCACACAUAUGCCUUGUACGGUCCAUUAUCUCUUGGUGUCCCAACUAUUGUCUUCGAAGGUACUCCAGCUUAUCCAGAUUACGGUAGAUUAUGGCAAAUUGUUGAGAAGCACAGGGCUACCCAUUUCUACGUUGCUCCUACCGCUUUAAGAUUAUUGAGAAAAGCUGGUGAACUGGAGAUUGAAAAGUAUGAUUUAACCUCUUUGAGAACAUUGGGUUCUGUUGGAGAACCAAUUUCUCCGGAUAUCUGGGAAUGGUACAAUGAAAAGGUGGGUAAGGGACAAUGUCACAUAUCUGAUACUUAUUGGCAAACUGAAUCUGGUUCUCAUUUCAUUGCACCAAUUGCUGGUAUUACCCCAAACAAGCCUGGUAGUGCCUCAUUACCAUUCUUUGGUAUUGAAACCUGUAUUAUUGACCCAGUCUCCGGUAAGGAAAUUGAAGGUAACGACGUCGAAGGUGUCUUGGCCGUUAAGUCAUCAUGGCCAUCAAUGGCAAGAACCGUCUGGAAUAACCACACUAAGUACAUGGAUACUUACUUGAACCCAUACCCAGGUUACUACUUCACAGGUGACGGUGCUGCCAGAGAUAAUGAUGGUUACUACUGGAUCAGAGGUAGAGUUGAUGAUGUCGUUAACGUUUCCGGUCACAGAUUAUCCACUGCUGAAAUCGAAGCUGCUUUAAUCGAACACCAUGGUGUCUCUGAAGCUGCUGUUGUAGGUAUUAACGAUGACUUAACUGGACAAGCAGUUAUUGCAUUUGUUGCCUUAAAGGAUGAAAAUGCUGAAGCUAGAGAAGAAGAAGCUUUAUUAAAGCUCAGAAAAGAAUUGAUUUUACAAGUUAGAACUGUCAUUGGUCCAUUUGCUGCACCAAAAUACAUUGUUAUAGUCGCUGAUUUACCAAAGACCAGAUCUGGAAAGAUCAUGAGAAGAAUCUUGAGAAAGGUUUCUGCAGGUGAAGCUGAUCAGCUUGGUGAUAUUACUACAUUAGCUAAUCCACAAUCUGUUGCUGAGAUUAUUAAGGCUGUUGACCAGCAAUUCUUUGGUAAGAAAUAA